CCCCCAGUUUGCAAAAGCCAGAGGUGCAAGAAGCAGCGACUGCAGCAGCAGCAGCAGCAAAAAGCGCCAGCGGAAGCCACAGCAGCAGCAGCAGCAACAGAAAAAUCCUCAUCAAAUCCUCACCUAGGCUCUCAGUGUAUCCAGAUCCACAUCUUCACUCAAACCGGGAGAGGGAAAGAGGAAAGGGGGGGAGGAAAAAAAAAAAAAACCCAACAACUUAGCGGAAACUUCUCAGAGAAUGCUCCAAAACUCAGCAGUGCUUCUGGUGCUGGUGAUCACUGCUUCUGCAACCCAUGAGGCGGAGCAGAAUGAUUCUGUGAGCCCCAGGAAAUCACGGGUGGCAGCUCAGAACUCAGCUGAAGUGAUUCGCUGCCUCAACAGCGCGCUGCAGGUUGGCUGUGGAGCUUUUGCAUGCCUGGAAAACUCCACCUGUGACACAGAUGGGAUGUACGACAUCUGUAAAUCCUUCUUGUACAGCGCUGCUAAAUUUGACACUCAGGGAAAAGCAUUUGUCAAAGAGAGCUUAAAAUGCAUCGCCAAUGGGGUCACCUCCAAGGUCUUCCUGGCCAUUCGGAGGUGCUCCACUUUCCAGAGGAUGAUUGCUGAGGUCCAGGAGGAGUGCUACAGCAAGCUGAACGUGUGCAGUGUCGCCAAGCGGAACCCGGAAGCCAUCACGGAAGUCGUCCAGCUCCCUAAUCAUUACUCCAACAGAUACUAUAACAGACUUGUCCGAAGCCUACUGGACUGUGACGAAGACACAGUCAGAACCAUUAGAGACAGCCUGAUGGAGAAAAUCGGCCCCAACAUGGCCAGCCUCUUUCACAUCCUGCAGACGGAUCACUGUGCCCAUACACACCAGCGAGCUGACUUCAACAGGAGGCGUGCCAAUGAGCCACAGAAGCUGAAAGUCCUCCUCAGGAACCUCCGAGGUGAGGUGGCCUCUCCCUCCCACAUCAAACGCACCUCCCAGGAGAGUGCCUAGCUGGGGAGAGGCAAUCACAGCCUCAGCAAACUACGAUCCUUUUAAGGGUGUUCAUGCACCAACUUUGAGUGUACUGUGCCUGGUUUGAUUUUUUUUUAAGUAGUUCCUAUUUUCUAUCCCCCUCCCCUUAAAGAAAAAUUGCAUGAAACUAGGCUUCUGUAAUCAAUUUCUCAACAUUUUGCAAUGGCGGCAUUCCCACCAAUAGAACAUAUGUGAUCUCUAUGCCUCUCCUCGGGAGAAAGUGGCCUCUUUUAUCACUUCCCUCCACUCGGUCUUUUCCCAGCUCCCCUCCAACAACUCUCAAACACAAAACAUUCACAUAACUCCCCAGACAUUGUCAUUUGAAGAUGCGGAGCCCUUUAGAAUGGUUGCCCCAGUAGAGUUAGCUGAUAAGAAGCAACUUAAUUUAAAUGCAUGUCUUAAACAAACGCUCAUAAAGAUGCUCAGUGGAAUUCGUGUUAUGAAUCUGUGCUGGCCAUAGACGAAUAUGAAUGUCAUAUUUGAGUUCUUGAUCUCUCAUGAGCUAGUGUCUUAUGGUCUUGAUCCUCAGUGUCUAAUUUCCUUCCCAACACAUUUACCAAAUUGCUCAAGCCUGGCUCUCCAACCAGACUUGGAGCCUGCAUCUUCUUGCAUCAAAUGAAAAACAAAAAGCUAACAUCUCUAAGUACUGUAACUGCUCAGAGCUUUAAAAGUAUCUUUAACAAUUGUCUUAAAACCAGAGAAUCUUAAGGUCUAACUGUGGAAUAUAAAUAGGUGAAAACUAAUGUACUGUACAUAAAUUCCAGAGGACUCUGCUUAAACAAAGCAGUAUAUAAUAACUUUAUUGCAUAUAGAUUUAGUUUUGUAACUUAGCUUUAUUUUUCUUUUCCUGGGAAUGGAAUAACUAUCUCACUUCCAGAUAUCCACAUAAAUGCUCCUUGUGGCCUUUUUUAUAACUAAGGGGGUAGAAGUAGUUUUACUCAACAUCAAAACUUAAGAUGGGCCUGUAUGAGAUAGAAAACAACAACAACAGCAACAGGUUUAUCUGAAGGACCCCAGGCAAGAUGUUAAUCUCCCAGCCCACCUCAACCCAGAGGCUACUCUUGACUUAGACCUAUCCUGAAACAGCUCUGUCAUAUCCAACUGAGAAUUACAGGAGCCAGAAAGAGCAACCCUUUGAGCUUGGGCCACUUAAGAGUGUGAUAAGGCCGGCUAUGCCUUGGGAAGUGGCGGUUCUUGACUUGUCGCCUUUCGCCAGUGCCUGGUUCUCUGGCAACAAGAUGAUGGGGUAGGAGGCUUUCCAUGAACUCAAUCAGGAAUGAGUCAAUCAGCCUUUGGGUCUUUAGUUUCGGGGGACUUGGGGCUGAGGGGGUAUAAGUAACCCUGGGUUGUCCAGCCUUAAUAAACUCCUCUUAUUACAUUUUUGUCCUGUAGCACGCUGCCUUGCCGAAGUAGUCCUGGCAGCCGGGCCAUCUCUGUAUAGGAUUGCAAAAAAAAAAAAAGAAAAAACCAAAAAAAGAAAAAAAAAAAAAGAGGGAAAAACAGAGCUGGCGGUCUGAUCCUUUCUGCCAGGAUGUUUACAAGAUGGCGACCACCAAAGCCAAAUGAUUAGCCUAGCUAUGAACAACAGUAGUUUCUCAGGGUCACUGUCCUUGAACCCAACAGUCCCUUAGGAUCGUCACUGCCCACCAAAGGUCAAUGUCGAGAGAGGAAGAGGGAGGAGGGGUAGGACUGUAAGGGCCACUCCAGACUCGCCUAGGUAGAAACCACUGGUGCUUGACUCUCACCCAGAUGAACUUCCUAUCCGUCCGAAUCAGAGUGGUAGGGAUCCCGGUGGGAGGAGGGCGGGCACAUCUCCGGAAAAACGAAAAGCAAUACAACUUUACCACAAAGCCUUUAAAACCAGUAACGUGCUGCUCAAGGACCAAGAGUGGAUGCAGCAGACCUAGCAGCCGCACCGGCGUGGCUGCUUUCGUCCCCACACAGCCUCUCGGCGUGCUGACAUCAGAUCGUUAAGAGCAUUUUUAUACCCAGAACUGCCCCAUCCCCAGGUCCCCAAACAUAUGACACUGCCUUAGCCUCUUGGAAAUCAGGUAGAUCAUAUUCUAAGUUGAUUCUCCCUCACCCUCCCUCCACCAUCCCUCCCCACCCCAAACCCUGCCCCCAGGCAAGGCUGGCUUCUCCAAACCAGAAAAGCUAUUCAAGUUUUGUGUGUUCUAUCCAUUUCGCACUAAGCCAGGAUCCCAAUGCAACAAAUAGUUUAUGAGUAUUCCUAGCGAAAUUCUCUCUUCAGUCCAGUGGAUUCUCUUUGAUUUGCUGUGACCUCUUCAAACCGUGGUACCCCCUCCUUUUCUCCCCACAAUAAUAUUUAUAUAUGUAUCUAUAAUACAUAUAUCUACACAUACAGAAAGAAGCAGUUCUCACAAUAUUGCUAGUUUUUUGCAUCUCUUCUCCCUCCAUCCUACUCUCUCCAAUUCCCCCUUCAACUUCCAAAGCUUUGUCUUGUGUUUGCUGCACAGAGUGAUUUGGGGGGCUGACCUAGACCAGUUUGCAUGAUUCUUCUCUUGUGAUUUGGUUGCACUUUAGACAUUUUUGUGCCAUUAUAUUUGCAUUAUGUAUUUAUAAUUUAAAUGAUAUUUAGGUUUUUGGCUGAGUACUGGAAUAAACAGUGAGCAUAUCUGGUAUAUGUCAUUAUUUAUUGUUAAAUUACAUUUUUAAGCUCCAUGUGCAUAUAAAGGUUAUGAAACAUAUCAUGGUAAUGACAGAUGCAAGUUAUUUUAUUUGCUUAUUUUUAUAAUUAAAGAUACCAUAGCAUAAUAUGAAGCCUUUGGUGAAUUCCUUCUAAGAUAAAAAAUAAUAAUAAUAAAGUGUUACGUUUUAUUGUUUU